AUGGCGACCACGAACGGACCUGCUGUUGAUCAGAAGGAGGACAUCGCCUCUUAUUCCAUCCCCGAGGAAACGCACAGGGUCUUCCAUGAAGGCAUCAUCAGCAAUCCUCUGAUCGCCAAGGUGCUGCCCCCGGAGGCGCAGGAGCUCGCCCACAAUGUGAAGUUUGAAGGAUCCAGACUGCCCUCCGUGCCCAUCAACUGGCGCUUCGCAGAGAGCGUAUCCGCCCUCAAGGCCCUGGAAGCCACCAUGGUGAACGUCCUCCUCAAGCGCAAAUACAACGUGCAGCCCCAGAACGUCACCAUCAACACCGACCACGCCCAACUCUUCUUCAUGUCCCUCGUCACCAACACCCUCGGCGGCGAGCCCUUCGGCGUCGCCCGCCCAACAAAGAACGCCACCCUCGCCGCCCUCGCCGCCCUCGCCGCCACCAAGUUCCCCACCCACUGGGACAAACACAACCACCUCGCCUCCGCCCACCGCCUCGCCGCCACAAACAUCUACCGCUGCGCCGACGACGCCGACGCCGACAGCAGCACCCCCCGCUUCUUCCACACCCACGGCUCCAUGGACCCCGCGCCCACCCUGCGCCUCCUCGGCCUGCCGCUCGAUGCCGCCGCCGCCGCCGACGACGACCCAUCCAGCCCCACCGCCCUGGAAGCGGCGUGCCGCCCCGUCGCGGCCCAAGUGCGCGCCUGGCGCGCCGCGGACCUGCAGCGCGCCGUCAGCGACGACGGGCCCGCGAGCGCGCGCCAGGCCGGCACCGUGUGCUGGACGGCGGACGAGUACCGCGCGAGCGAGCACGGGCGCGCGAACGCGCACGCGGGGCUGUGGGAGGUGGAUGCGUUUCUGGAUCAUUCGAAUCCGAAGCAGAAGCAGAAGCAGAAGCAGCGCGCGGGGUGGUGGGAGGAUCGUCAGCAGAAGGGGAGUCCGGCGAGGCCGUUGGCGGGGCUCAAGGUCGUGGAUCUGACGCGGAUGGUGGCGGCGCCGGCGACGACGCGCGGGCUGGCGGAGCUGGGGGCGAGCGUGAUGAGGGUGGUGAGCGGGGCGGUGCCGGAUCAUGCGGGGUGCCAUGUCGAUCUGAAUUGGGGGAAGUGGAACGCGUGUUUGGACUUUCGGGACGAGGCGGAGAGGGGGAGGUGCGUCGAGUUGGUGAGGGAGGCGGAUGUGGUGGUGACGGGGUACCGGCCCGGGGUGUUGGAUAAGUUUGGGUUUUCGUACGAGGGGCUGAUGGAUAUCUGCAAGGAUAGGGAGAGGGGGCUCAUCGUCGUGAGGGAGAACUCGUACGGGUGGCAUGGGCCGUGGAGCCACAGGAGCGGGUGGCAGCAGAUCAGUGAUGCGAACUGCGGCGUUUCGUACGAGUUCGGACGCGCGAUGGGCAAUGACGAGCCCGUCACGCCCGUCUUCCCAAACUCCGACUACUGCACCGGCAUCUGUGGCAUUGCGGGCACGCUGGAUGCCAUCAUGCGCCGCGCCCAGGACGGUGGCUCUUACAAAGUCGACAUUGCUCUGAACUACUACUCUCAAUGGCUGGUCAACAGCGUCGGCACCUAUCCGAAAGCCGUGUGGGAGGAUGUGUGGACGCGCAACGGGAGGCAGGUGUUCCGCCACUACCACCACAUGCUCUACACGCUCCCACGCUUCAUGGCCAUGAUCAAGGAAAACAGCAGCCACGUCUUGCUCAAGCCCGAGUAUUUCGAGGACCGUCCGUGCGGCUACUUGGGCCACCCCAUCCGCACGCCCAAGCCCGUGGCCAGGUACGAAGUGGCCGAGGGUGUCCCGGAGGAGCAAAAGGUCAGGCCGGGCUUCAACGUCGGCACGAGGACGAACGGCGUGGAUCAGCCGAGGUGGCCGGACGAUCUGAUGACGGAAAUCGUCGACUAA